AAUGACUCAAAUCUAUUUGAAAAUCCGUCGAGAUUUGAGAUCACACUCGAAAUCUGACUAACAAAGCGAGCCAUGGAUGCAUUUUAAUUUUCGAAAUUGAGAAAAUUUCCCUGUCGAUUCUUCUGCGUCGUCGUUGUUGCGAGACAGAAGGGGUAAAGAAAUUCUAGGGCACGAUUUUGUUUGCAAAAUUGACAUGAUGAAAGGAAGGAAUUCUGGCAACUUUUCAAACCCUUGUUUGACUAUGCAUCAGCCAUGGGCUUCUCUUCUGGUCUACGGAAUUAAACGCAUUGAGGGCAGAGCCUGGCCUGCGCCUGUCAGAGGCCGUCUUUGGAUUCAUGCUGCAAGUAAGGUUCCCGAGGAUUCUACAAUCAAAGCAAUGGAGGACUUUUACAGAGAAAUUUAUGCUUUGGAUGGAAUUACUGAUCUUAAGUUUCCAGAACAUUAUCCAGUUUCAAGACUUUUAGGGUGUGUUGAAGUUGUUGGCUGUCUUCAGGGCGAUGAACUGAAAAACUGGGAUAAAGUACCUGAAGGGGUUAGAUUAGAAGCACAGACUGACUUCUGCUGGCUCUGUGAACAACCACAGAAAUUGCUGAUUCCGUUCGAGAUGCGAGGUUACCAGCGUGUUUAUAACCUAGAAAAGAAGAUAUUUGAAGCAGCAGUCAGAGGUCUUACCCGAGUUACAUGUCCCUUGCCUGUAAAAUUUCAACUUCCAGAUCCUCGAGAUCCAUUCUCCUUGAAGCCUGGAUCUGUUUCUUCAUGUUCUCCCGAGACUGGAGGAUUUGAAGGGGAGAAGUCAUCAAAACUCAGUGCUGUGAUAGCUGGUGCUCGAGCAGCCGCUACUCAGUUUUCAAGAAAGAAUCAGGAUCCGCAAACUUCUGUCCACGACUAUACCUCUGAUCUUGGAAGGACAGGUAAAUCCAGAACUGAAUUCUUGGGAGGAGAUAAACCUAAAUCUACCAACUUCUGUAGAGGUUUUGAAGAGGUUUCAGGAGCAAAUAUUGAGCUACCACGUGCUGUGAUAGCUGGUGCUCGAGCAGCCGGUACUCAGUUUCCAAGAAAGAACCAGGACCCGCAAACUUCUGUCCACGACUAUACCUCUGAUCUUGGAAGGACAGGUAAAUCCAGAACUGAAUUCUUGGAAGGAGAUAAACCUCAACCUACCAACUUCCACCGAGGUUUCGAAGAGGUUUCACAAGAAAAUAUUGAGGAACAAACUAGUAGCUAUGACUCUCGAUCUCGGGCGCUUUGUGCACAUCCAAAGCAGCACAGUGGAGCUCCUAAGAUCUUCGCUGCUGCAUUAAGAGGACUGAGACCGACAUGAAUGUCGAUCGAUUCGAUGGCGAGGAGCUUUGUACAUAGAAAGCAGUGUUAUGUGAGAGUGACUUCCUAUUGAGUAGCUGUUUCUUCAGGUGUUUUAAACUCAACUGUAAGUCUACAAAUGGGCAGUGUAUCUCUUUCAAGUUUCAAGAGGGGAUGCCUUUACAGUUGUUUUUAGUAUUCGUUCUUGUUUAUGAUUAAUUCCUUGGUUUAUGAAGUUAUAAUUAUAUCUAAUGCAGACAAUAAGGAUAAAUACCAGCUUCUUCUUUUUUUUCCUUUAAUGUAAAACCAUUAGAGCUUGAUUUA